CUCUUCUGUUUGCUAAAUCUCACUGUCACUGCUAAAAUCAGAGCAGAUAGAGCCUGCGCAAUGGAAUAAAGUCCUCAAUAUUGAAAUGUGACAUUGCUCUCAACAUCUCACAUCUCUCUGGAUUUCUUUUUUCUCAUCAUUACUGCUAACAAAUUCAUUUCCAGACUUUGCACUUUUAAGAAGCAAUGGAAAAAAUCAACAGUCUUUCAACACAAUUAGUUAAGUGCUGCUUUUGUGAUUUCUUGAAGGUGAAGAUGCACACUGUGUCCUACAUUCAUUUCUUCUACCUUGCCCUGUGUUUGCUUACCUUAACCAGUUCUGCUGCUGCUGGCCCAGAAACACUGUGUGGUGCUGAGCUGGUUGAUGCUCUUCAGUUCGUAUGUGGAGACAGAGGCUUCUACUUCAGUAAGCCUACAGGGUAUGGAUCCAGCAGUAGACGCUUACACCACAAGGGAAUAGUGGAUGAAUGCUGCUUCCAGAGUUGUGACCUGAGGAGGCUGGAGAUGUACUGUGCUCCAAUAAAGCCACCUAAAUCUGCACGCUCUGUACGUGCUCAGCGCCACACUGAUAUGCCAAAAGCACAAAAGGAACUGCAUUUGAAGAAUACAAGUAGAGGGAACACAGGAAACAGAAACUACAGAAUGUAAGAUCAUGCCAUCCAAAAGAACGAAGAAUGAAUGUGCCAUCUGCAGGAUACUUUGCUGUAAAUAAAUUAUUUGUUAAACAUUGGAAGACUAAAAAAACUAUGGUUUAAUAAGCUUGAUGCAAUCUCAACCAAUGGGCAUUCUCCCGGUGAACAAUGCAACUAAACAUUCCAAUAUUAAGUCUUUUAGAAAACAGAACAUUUUAACCAACUCAGAGCGAAAAAAAAAAAUCUGUGGUUGAUAUAUAACUGUGUGUUAACCUCUUUUAGAUGUCGUGCACAAAAUCUCUUAAAGUCCUGUGCCCCUCAAAAGCCUACAAAUUUAUGGGCCUUUGAUGGAUCCAAUUGCACUAAAUUAACCUAUGAACACUGGCUGCUGGAGUCAUUCAUCAGCCUUGUCUAAGUGGUGUUUUUUUAUUUGCACUUCUAUACAUGCAACAGGCUGUUUGUUCUACAGUGUCUGAUAACAUUGUUUGUCUACCCCUUCAUAUUUGCACAGUCCGACAUUCCCAGUAACAGCAGCAGUAAGGUAACAUAUACAGUUUUGAACAUCCAUUAAUUCCAUCUGUGCCAUUCUGACAGAACAUGGGUUACAGAUACAAUUGUUUUAAGACAGCUUUAUUUUUCCUUCUCUUGCAAAGAUGCAGUUUACUGCAACUUGUGAGACAAAAGAUUUUUAAAAGCAGUUACAGCAUACAUAGCCUCUCAAAGCGUUAAUGAUUCUUCCAGGUAAUUAUUUGCAACAGUAUAGGUAACUUUUUUCUUCCUCCAUAUAAUGCAGUAUGUAAAACUUAGCAUAUCAGUAAUACGCAUAUAUCGAACAAUAUGUAAAAAUCUCUGUUUUAUAGUACAACGGUGCUAUUUUAUA